AGACGAUUACAAGGACUUGGUGUGGAGAGGGAUGAGGAGACGUGACUUCUCUCUCUACAAGGAGUAUGCCACUGAUAGAUGUCCCGAUUUCAAGGACUAUCCCUGGUCGGAGAAGAAUGAGGCCGUGGCUGAGGAAGUGAAGGAGAUACGGGACAUGGUGAAGGGAUUGACGAGAGAGGUUACAGAGAUUGUGACCACUACAGAGGCCACGGCCAACCGGGACAAACCUGGACGGCCCUAUUUACUUCGGUGGGACCGUAGGAACAACGAUUCCUGGAGGAGUGUCGAGGAUAGAAAUCCUCGGACGCUGACUGAUUAUCRUACGAGGGGAAGAGAGAGAGACGAUGAGCCAUGGCGACGUAGGGAUGAUGAGAUAGACCGAGACCGCAGAGAUCGCGAGACGUUUGCGCGAGCAAGGAGGCUGGAUGAUGACCCGCGAAGCCCUCGCUAUGAGGCCGAUGGAUAUAGGGACGACAGAUACGAGAGAUCGGACCGAAACGGAUAUAGGGACGACAGAUACGAGAGGUCGGGUCGAGAUGGCUACAGAGGAGGUAGGUAUGAAAGAGGAGAUCGGGACUGGGAACGACGAGAUGGGUCGCGCGGACGGUUUGAGCGCGGGGGAGAUGCGAGAGAGCAGCGCGACGAGUCGGGGGGGUGGUACAACCGAGGGGAACGACGCGAUGAGUCACGAGGGCGAUAUGACUCGGGGGACCGCCGGAAUGAUUCGCGAUGGCGGUAUGAGCAAGGAGGGUCUGGAGGAGACCGCCGCAACGAUUCGCGUGGUCGGAAUGAGAGAGGGGGAUAUGACGUCUCAUCAGAACCAUAUCCCAAGUCGCCUGACCCCAAGGCAGCCAGAAGUUCAAUCUCUAGAAGCGCAGACGACAGGCCAUCUACUCCCAGGAACUCAUGCGUCUAUUGUAGAGGAGAAGAUCAUAUCAAGAGGGAUUGUCCGGAACUCAAACGGGCAAUAGAUGAGGGACUUGUCGUGCUUGAUGACCGUAAGUACGUCAAGUGGGCAGAUGAUCUGGGAGAUGUAUCGAUGUUCCCUUCGAUGAAGGAGAAUGUCAAAGCAAGGAGAGUAAAGCGAAGUAAAGAAAAGGAGCCGGUCAGGAGGCAGAGCAUCAAGACAACCUUUGAGGGGGAUAUAGCUACCACACCCAUAAGGGUGGCCGCCACCAAGUCGGCGAGAGGGUCUACAUCGAAGAAGACUAACACGGAUUACGUGAUGACGGAGAAGGACGGGCAGCGGGUCGAUGGAGAGGAGGUUAUCCUUUCGCCGCGAAAGAGGGGAGUGAAGAAGUUCUUAAUGAAGAGUUCGCUGGACGAGAUUGACACGGUCGAGCCACUGAGGCGGGCCCUUCGGCAACCCAUGCAGUGCUCUAUUCUGGAGUACCCAGUGGCAUCGAAGCCGGCUCGUGAUGAGUUACAAAUGAUCACGCGGAAGACUCGCAUACCUCUAUCGGAGGAGGGUCAGGGGACCCCUAAGGCGGAAGCUUCUACAGUAGCAGUAACGGGGGUGACUGCCAGAGCGGAUCGCAUGGCGACAGUCCUUCUCGAUGAAAUGGAAGGUGUGCCUCCAGACAAGUUUUAUAUACUUGGUACCGGGCGGUAUAGACGAUUAUAAACGAUGGAGCGGUACUCGAUGCUGUGAUCGA